AUGAUUACAAUUAAAAAACAAUCUUAUACAAAACAACAACAAUUAGAUGAUCUUAUUGAAUUUCUUUCUUCUUAUUUAAAUAACAAUAUUCGAAAACAUGGAAUUCCACCAAAAGAUUAUUCAUUACUUGUUCGAAAAAAUCUUAAUCUCUUUGGUCUGAACAACUCACACAAAUCAAGUAGACAAUAUACUGAUCGUGUUAUCCAACACUUUUCACCAAAAAAAAAAAUAGAUCUUGAAAUAAUAAAAGAUCUUCAUACAUUUGUUGGUAAAUCAUUAGGUGAAUUUUCUAAUAAUAAUUCACGUUUAUCAAAUAAACUUGUUUCUUAUCGAGCUGAACGAAAAAGAAAAAGAAUAGUAGGAGGACAUUCAACACAAGAAUCAAAUAAUAAUAUAUUAAAAUUUCCAUCAGCUGAAAACAUUAGUUUUUUUUCAGAUAUUAUUGAAGAAAAAUAA